AUGAACAUCUCUUUGGUUAUAUGCGAAAAAGUAGAAAAAUCAGAUAUUGCAACAAUCGAUAAAAAAAAAUAUUUAGUUCCAGCAGAUUUAACAGUUGGACAAUUUGUUUAUGUGAUUCGUAAACGUAUCAAGUUGAGCCCGGAGAAGGCAAUUUUUAUUUUUGUUGAUGAAGUUCUUCCACCAACAGCUGCACUUAUGUCAAGUAUUUAUGAAGAACAUAAAGAUGAUGAUGGAUUCUUAUAUAUAACGUAUUCUGGGGAAAAUACAUUUGGAUUUUACCAAUAG